AUGAUGGCUGUUAAAUACGAGGCACGUCCGGCGAGUGCCGACCCGGAGACACGCCGUUCGCCGGUUGCCGACCGACGGGCGAUGAGCGCCGACUCGGAGCCGCGGACCCUGGCUGCGAGGAAAGCAUACCCUGAACCCGCCACACCGGAAGAGACGGAUGCUCCAUUGGACUUGUCGACUCACACGCGGAAAGAGAUAACAGUGCGCGAUUUCGCCAGGCACUCAUUCGCGGACCCGGCGGACUACGUGCGCGCCCAGGUGAUCCUCCGCCAGUCCAGGGAAUAUUUGGCUGCAGGACGAGACUCUGGAACCGAGUCCGACGACUCCGCUGAACGGCUCAGCCCCGUCGAGGAUGCAAUGUCCGGAAAAGCUUACAAGAAGUCACUUAUGAAGAGAUACAUGGACGCAGAGCCCGGUGCACUGGCAUUGGGCGGUCGAGGCUCCUUGGGACGUGCACUGCUGCACGGCCUCUUAGCACCCGCGCCGGCGCCUCGGCACCAUCACUUGUACACCGCUCCCAACACCGGUUCUCUCCCUCCCUCACCGGCUGACAGCGGCGUCUCAGACGUAGAGUCGUCUUCAUCGGGGGCAGGCUCCGCCGAAGAGUUAAAGGCACGACUACAGCCUCCCCCACCGGCACCAUUCCACGCGCCGUUUCUUCCCUUCUACCAACACCACCAAAUCGCCACCUCUCUUCAGCACCACGUAGCGGCGCAUCCAAGGCCACCAGUUGGCACCGUGAACGAUCGUGAUGCAUAUGGCUAUGGGUACGGCGGCGGAGGUGGCGGGGCGCACCACUUCGCCGCUCCCGCGCCUCCGCCCCUACCUCACGACGACCUCCCCUACUCAGUCUUCGACUUUGGGGAUUACCAGCGGCAUCACCACCACAACAAGCUCAAACCCAAAAAGAGGCCAAGGAGUGACGCCCCACCAACUCCCGGUGUGAAACGCAAGAGCCGAGAGGGCUCAACUACAUAUUUAUGGGAGUUCCUUCUAAAACUCCUUCAAGAUCGGGAGUACUGUCCACGCUAUAUCAAGUGGACGAAUCGCGAGAAAGGCGUCUUUAAGCUCGUAGAUUCCAAGGCGGUGUCUCGCCUCUGGGGCUUGCACAAGAACAAACCGGACAUGAACUACGAGACCAUGGGCCGGGCGCUGCGUUAUUAUUACCAGCGCGGGAUCCUCGCCAAGGUGGACGGCCAGCGGCUUGUAUACCAGUUCGUGGAUGUGCCGAAGGAUAUCGUCGAAAUCGACUGCUCGCUCGCGUAG